AGCAAGGCGUGGCCUUCAGUUCCGCGAUCGAGACACAGGAAUUGUUAACAUUCUGUCGGUUUUUUGGCGUUCGGGAGGAAGGAAGCCCCGCGGUUCUGCACCGGGAGAGGAACAUGGCGCGCGUCACGGCAGAGGAACAACAGAAAGGGCUCGAGGAGCACUCGCAGAACCCCAGAGAGAGCGCCAAGAGAUGGGGUCCGCAGCACGCAGGCGCGAAGGAGCUGGCGAAUUUGUACUCGCCAGGUAAGCGGUGUCAGGAGUGGGUGUGUGUCCUCUUGUGUUUCUCUCUGAUGAUCUUCAACUUCUUCCACCUGCUGACCAACUUCCACAUCAACCACAUCUGGUACAUCGCUCUCGGAAUAGUUGGCGGCAUCCUGACAGCGGACUUCACCUCUGGCCUGGUGCACUGGGGAGCAGACACAUGGGGCUCAGUAGACCUGCCCCUCUUUGGAAAGGCGUUUAUUCGUCCGUUCCGUGAGCACCACAUCGACCCGACGGCCAUCACGCGCCACGACUUCAUCGAGACCAACGGAGACAACUGCAUGCUAACGCUGCUACCGCUAAUGCAUAUGGCAUACGGCUUCAGCACACACACGCCAGCUGAGCAGUACCGUGACUACCCCUGGAACUGCUUCCUGUUUGCCUUGGCCAUCUUCGUGACGCUGACCAAUCAGAUCCACAAGUGGUCCCACACCUAUUUUGGACUUCCUGUUUGGGUGCAGAAGCUGCAGGAUUGGCACCUCAUAUUGCCACGGAAACACCACCGCACACACCACGUCUCACCGCACGAGACCUACUUCUGUAUCACCACAGGCUGGCUUAACUACCCGCUGGAGCGUUUGGGCUUCUGGAGAAACCUGGAGGAGCUGAUCACCAGCGUGACGGGAGAGAAGCCGCGCUCAGACGACCUCAAGUGGGCAUGCAAGACCAACUAGAACCCCCCCAAUAUACGCUAUUAGACACCCCCACCCCCCCAUAUAUGCCAUACACCCCCCCCUA